AAGCUGGUGGAUAGCCCUCAGGAAUGAUGUCGUUUUGCCACAAUGUCAUUAACAUUUCUUGUGUGAAAAGCAGCUGGUCAAAUGAUGUCCGUGCUUCCCUGUACAGUUUAAUGGUGCUCAUAAUUCUGACCACACUCAUUGGCAAUCUGAUAGUCAUUAUUUCCAUAUCACACUUCAGGCAACUUCAUACCCCAACGAAUUGGCUCAUUCAUUCCAUGGCGACCGUAGAUUUUCUGCUGGGGUGCCUGGUCAUGCCUUAUAGUAUGGUGAGAUCUGUUGAGCAUGGCUGGUACUUUGGAGAAGUCUUCUGUAAAAUUCACACCAGCACUGACAUUAUGCUGAGCUCGGCAUCCAUUUUCCACUUGUCCUUCAUUUCCAUUGACCGCUACUAUGCUGUGUGUGACCCACUGAGAUACAAAGCCAAGAUCAGUAUCUUGGUUAUUUUUGUGAUGAUCUUCAUUAGUUGGAGUGUCCCCGCUCUUUUUGCAUUUGGAAUGAUCUUUCUGGAGCUCAACUUCAAAGGAGCUGAAGAGAUAUAUUACAAGUACAUUCACUGUAUAGGUGGUUGCUCUGUCUUCUUUAGCAAAACAUCUGGGGUACUGGCCUUUAUGACUUCUUUCUAUAUACCUGGAUCUAUUAUGUUGUGUGUCUAUUCCAGAAUAUACUUCAUAGCUCAAGGACAGGCAAGAUCAAUUAAUGAUGCAAUUGGAUUGGAAGAGAAAAAUGGAAUGUCACAAAACAAAGAAAGGAAAGCUGCAAAGACUUUAGGGAUUGUGGUGGGAGUUUUCCUAAUAUGCUGGUGUCCUUUCUUUGUCUGCAUGGUCAUGGACCCUUUCCUGGACUAUGCUAUUCCACCCACCUUAAAUGAUGCAUUGGUUUGGUGUGGAUACCUGAACUCUACUUUCAAUCCAAUGGUUUAUGCAUUUUUCUACCCCUGGUUCAGAAAAGCACUGAAGAUGAUUCUAUGUGGUAAAAUUUUCCAAAAAGACUCUUGUAGGUAUAAACUAUUUUUAGAGUCACAUCCAUAGAAUUAUUAUGUUUACUAUUUACUGCUUUGCAAAACAGCUGGUGAUCAUAAUUUUGAACACAACAUAAUUAACCACAUGCACCAAUUGUGGGGUCUUUUAUCAAAUGUUUGAGCCAAAGAAUGGAUAGUGACAUAUAAUGCUUUUACUUCACUUCCUUUUUGGGACACAGUGGAUGUAAUCCUUGCCAUGCUUACUAUUACAUAGAAGCUUUGCAAGUCCAGAAUUUAAGGCCUUACGUUAAGAGCCUUUCUUGCCCUUAGCUGAACUGCCAUGAAUUGACAAUUGUUCAAUGCUGGAAAUUAUGGGGCCGCAAUUGGAUAUGCAAAUUAGAAUUACUUUGUCAUCCAUUUGCUCGAAUAUAUAUGUCUUUUUGUGAAUUCAAAUAAAGUGCACAUUAAAUGAUAUUAAAUACUUUUUAUACAUAAUUUGCUAUUUAUCAUGAAUUCUUAUUAAUAUAUAUUCCACUUUUAAAAUAUUUUGAUUUUCAUCUUUUUAUAAUAUGCUUUCUUGAUUCUCAUACUUGCAGAAAUUUGGAAAAUAAGGGAAAAAUAAAAAUAAAAUAUCGUAUAGAAACAAAAUGAAAAUAAAGAUAUCACUCAUAGUUCACCUCCUGAAAAAACUUAAAAUUCUUGACAACAUAAUUUUUUGGUAACUGUAUAAUGUUACAACGUAUGGAUGCACAAAGAUUUUUUUAGACCA